UAGGAUCAGUGCGCGCCCAUACUGUACAGUGUAAGCGAGAAGGGAGGGCGGAGCAAUUGUAGUACGUCUGUUGCAUUUCCCCGUCGUGGCAGGCGACGAACAUGACCGGAGCACAUUUUUUAGGCACCUAGAGAAAUUCAGAUAACGAGCAUACAGUGACUUCGAUGGUAAAGAUAAAAAGAGACAAAAACUGAGACUGUGAUAAGCAAUACAUUGACAGCUCGUUUUGUUGCAGGGGUUGAAAUAUCGCUUGCCGUGUAGUGUAUUGAACUAGCUAGCUAGCCAGCUAGCGAAAUAUUAAAGCAAGCGCUGGUCACUGAGCCUGCUUGGACUUCUUAAUUUCUCUCUCAAAAGAGACAUAUUUAAAACUACAAAGACGUAAGCAUACGAUGCAGAAAGUGGUGAUACCCUGAGACCGACCGCUCACCCCCCUGAGACAAGAGCAGUGGAGAUUUGCCGGGAGCUUGCCAAUGAAAGGGAGGGGGCCGGCUGUCCCAUCGAGACGAGGCCUGCUGAACGCAUUAAGGAGAGACGCAGCGCGGGUCGCCGGUUCAGUUUGAUUCUUUGAACAUCGCUUGGGUCACUUGGUGCCAGGACUGAAGUUAGCUCUCCGCCUGUCUGAUGUCAAGCGCGAAGGGUCGCUGAGGAGACCUGGACCGCAGCAAGCCUGUGAUGGCCGCGGACUGAGGCGCUGCGACCUGCGAAUGCCCAGUGCGCAUCCGAGGGUGGGGCCCGCCUCAGUCUCGCGUGAUUGGCUGCUGGAUGGAACUGAGGUGAAUGGAACACAUGCCCAAGGAGCAGGACCCUAACCUAUCAGAGGGAGAAGAGAAAAGGUGGCUUGAUGGUCCGAAAAGGAAGAGAAAGAAUAGCCAAUGUUCGGUGAAGAGCAUGUCUGUGCUCAGCCUCUCUGUUCCAGGGUACAUCCCCAGCUACCUGGAGAAGGAUGAGCCCUGCGUCGUGUGCGGAGACAAGGCCACCGGCUACCACUACCGCUGCAUCACCUGCGAGGGCUGCAAGGGGUUUUUCCGGCGCACCAUUCAGAAGAACCUCCACCCGUCCUACUCCUGUAAGUACGAUGGCUGCUGCAUCAUCGACAAGAUCACCCGCAACCAGUGCCAGCUGUGCCGCUUCAAGAAGUGCAUCUCCGUGGGCAUGGCCAUGGACUUGGUUCUGGAUGACAACAAGCGGGUGGCCAAGCGGCGCCUGAUCGAGGAGAACCGGGAGCGGAGGAAGAAGGAGGAGAUGGUGAAGACCCUGCAGAACCGGCCAGAGCCCAGCAGCUCGGAGUGGGAGCUGAUCCGCCUGGUGACGGAGGCGCACCGCCACACCAACGCCCAGGGCUCCCACUGGAAGCAGAAGCGCAAGUUCCUGCCAGAGGACAUCGGCCAGUCCCCGGUGGCGCCCACGUCGGACGGGGACAAGGUGGACCUGGAGGCCUUCAGCGAGUUCACCAAGAUCAUCACCCCCGCCAUCACCCGCGUCGUCGACUUCGCCAAAAAACUGCCCAUGUUCUCCGAGCUGCCUUGUGAAGACCAGAUCAUCCUGCUGAAAGGCUGCUGCAUGGAGAUCAUGUCCCUGCGGGCGGCCGUGCGCUACGACCCCGACAGCGAGACGCUCACCCUGAGCGGCGAGAUGGCCGUCAAGCGCGAGCAGCUGAAGAACGGCGGCCUGGGGGUGGUGUCCGACGCCAUCUUCGACCUGGGCAAGAGCCUGGCGCAGUUCAACCUGGACGACUCUGAGGUGGCGCUCCUUCAGGCCGUGCUGCUCAUGAGUUCAGAUCGCUCGGGGCUCACCUGCGUGGAGAAGAUCGAGAAGUGCCAGGAGACGUACCUGCUGGCGUUCGAACACUACAUCAACUACCGCAAGCACAACAUUCCUCACUUCUGGCCCAAGCUGCUGAUGAAGGUGACGGACCUGCGCAUGAUCGGGGCGUGCCACGCCAGCCGCUUCCUGCACAUGAAGGUGGAGUGCCCCACCGAACUCUUCCCCCCGCUCUUCCUCGAGGUCUUCGAGGACCAGGACGUCUGAGCACCCGCGGGCGCGGCCGGUGUUCGGCGGACGGGCGGGGGGGGAUGGGGGUUGGGUGGGGGUGGGGGGCGAGGUACCGGGACUUGCAUCUCUGAGCAUCGGACAUCAACACACCAGCAGCAGUCGCCGACGGAGGCUUUGGCCUCGUUUUUUUUUUUUUUGUGUUCAUCUCCUCCUCCACGUUUAUUAAUCGGUUGGGUGGCCCUUCUUUCUCUAGGGAUUUGUUUUUUGUUAAUUUUUUGUGUUUUUUUUGUCGGGAAUCGGCGUCAGUAAUUCGACGGGCGUUUGACGCUCCCUCUGCGUGCGCGUUCCCUCCUCCCCCGCAGGGCGGCGAUCUCCACGGCUUUCCCGCCGCGGCGGCGGGGCCAGCGGCUAGCGCUGACGGGCGACGUCGAUUCAGGGAAAUGGAUGUUCCCGCAGAGUCGCCUACAAGGAAAAUAAAAAACACACUCAGAGAACAAUCCUUCCACAUCACAGUGAUCACUGCUUCUCAGGCUCACUUCGCACCUCAAAGAGCAUGCCAGCUCCUCCCUCGAUCGCGAUUGAACCCGCUAGACGACAUUUAAAACCGCUCUCUGGUUAAAAUAACAAUAACCUGUUUCUGAGGUACGAUGCCAUCAUACCCGUCGUCCGUUUAGGGCACAGUACCCUGUCUGCAGCCCCCCCCCCCUCCUUGUUAUUGAGUUUGCAGGCACCCACAGUCCCUUCAGCCCCAGAGCAUUACUGACUGUGGGCCCGGUGCCCUCCCCCCGACACUGCAGAGUUGCCUCGUCAUUGUCCAUACUACCCCUGCCAGCGCCGACCUCUCUUUUGAAUCACAAUUAAGUCCUUCCCUCCCACAGAAAAGUCACUGCAGUGGAGUGGGUGAUGGAGGGAGGGCGGGGGGGAUUGGCCGAAAGCAGCGAGCCUGUAAAACACAGAGCUAUAGUAAAACAGAGCUACAGAGAGCGGCGAGCCUGUAAAACACAGAGCUACAGAGAGCGGCGAGCCUCUAAAACACAGAG